AUGGCUUUCAUUUUCAUAGCUAUUUUAAGCAUCACCAGUAAAUAUACGGAAUGUUUGAAAGAGAAAAAAGUUGAUUUACUUUUAUUGCAAUUGCCAAACGAAAAUGCGUGUGAAAAAUAUAAAAAGCAAAAUAUAUUUAGAAUAAUUUAUAAUGGUGGCAGUUAUAGAGAAGAAUGCCGUCAAUAUUUGAAGAAAACACAAACUCCAUUUCCCGAAUUUUGUCAUGUCGAUGAAAUUAUUUUACAAAUUAUUGAAAAAUCAGUACUUCCACUAAUUGAUCAAAUUGCUCAACGAUUAAACAAAUUAACCAUUUUUAAGGAUUUUGUUAAUAAUCUUUUAUGGUUACUUUUUAUCAUUGUCGUAUUAUAUUACUUAUUUCGAUCUCCAGUUCAAUAUCUAACGAGAUUAUUAACAAGAGAUAGUGAUGAAGACAACGAAAGACGUCGACAGGAAACAAGUAAUCGACGUCGAGCUUAUUUUUCCGACUUUUAA